UUUAAUUCAAUAUAUUCCAAUCAUUCAGUUAGCUAACACCUGCCAGUUAUGACGCUGAAACCAAUUAUACUAUUAAGUUUCUUACUGUUUUGCGUGCAGGUUUCGCAACAACAGGCACCAAUUAUAGAAACUUCGCUUGGCAAAAUUAGUGGCAGUGUGUUGACAACGCGUAAAGGACGAGAUAUCUACUCAUACCGGGGUAUACAUUAUGCUAAACCACCGACGGGAUUGAGACGAUUUGCUGCACCAGAACCAGUCGAAGCAUGGAGCGAUACGUUAAAUGCAAUUAGCGAUGGUCCCGCGUGUCCACAAGGUUUCAUCGCGGAGACUGUGGAUGAAGACUGCCUAACAUUAAAUGUAUUUACUAAUAAUAUAACGGCAUCAAAUCCAGUUAUAGUAUAUAUACAUGGUGGUGCAAACAUACAUGGAAGCUCACAUAGUGAACAUGAGGCAGGUCCGCAGUUGUUGCUCGAUGAGGAUGUGAUACUUGUUGCUAUUUCCUUCCGCUUAGGAGCAUUCGGUUUCCUAAGUACAAAGACCUACGAGGCCAGUGGAAAUUAUGGCUAUUUGGAUCAAGUGUUGGCACUCAAAUGGGUACAACAGCAUAUUAAACACUUUGGUGGUGACGCCUCCAGGGUGACUAUUAGCGGAGUGAGUGCGGGCAGCAUGUCGGUCACCGUCCACUUGACAUCACCAAUGUCGAAAGGUUUGUUUCAUAGAGCCAUUGCAAUGAGUGGCAGUGCAACACAUCAUUAUGACAUAGAUAAUGCAUAUUGGACCCGAAAAUUAGCAAACGAGCUUGGUUGUCCCAGAUACAAUACACAAUACUUACUAAAUUGCCUCAGACAGUUUAGUUGGCAGCAAAUAGUGAAUGUAACCGAUAGAUGGGAACCAUAUGGUAUGGCGAAUAUAAAUUGGAAUUAUGAAAUCGAUGGAAAAUUUCUAUUAGAGCACCCCACUGAGUCGUUUCUCAAUAAUAGAUUCAAUCACGUACCACUUAUGGCCGGAGUAACACUACAUGAAUUUGAUUUCGAACCCGACAGAUUUGAAAAUAAUGCCGAGUUGGUUGACGAUAUUAAUAAUAAUUUUGGACUUUAUGCAACUGAUUUCCUGCAAUUUAAAAUCACUGGUAACGACGACGAGAAGAUGAGACGUAUCCGUGAGUUUUACUAUAACAAAACGGCCAUAACCAACAAAAACCUCAUCGGGAUUGGCAAAAUGAAGUCGGAUGGUCUAAUCGGACAUAGUAUGCACAGACUGGUGGAAUUGGCAAAAAAAUAUACAAAAGUUUAUUAUUAUCGCUUUGAUUUUGUUGGUGCGUACUCGUUGUACCCAAAUGACGCUGGAAUGGCGAAAGGUGUGGGCCAUGCUGAUGACGUUCCUUAUGUUUUUCAUAUCAUAGAAACUCCAACGGAGACAAAUUCAAGUCAUACUUUUAUGAUUGAUCGCAUGGUUAACAUAUUUACCUCAUUUGCUGCAAAUGGUGAGCCACCCAUUAUAGACAACAUUACUUGGCCGCCUUCAACCGCCAGUGAAACGGUAGUCCUGUACAAUGAUCGGCAAGUUCGUGUGGGUAAACAGUUCGCAGUAGAGAAUUACGCAUUAUGGGAUGAGUUGUUUCCAAUAGAAAAAAGCGGCGCUGGGGUAUCAAUUCCCGCCAUAUUGUUGUUCUCAUUUGCACUCGUUUGGCAUUUUGUAUGUUAAAGUAAAUUAUUAGAAAUCAAUUCAUUAACAUGAGUUAUGCAUUAAUUAAAUUAACUAUGAAAAUUGAUGUACAAUUUAA